GCGGCACCGAAACCAGCACCGGCACCGGCGGGAUGUGGUACGAGAUCCUGCCCGGCAUGGCCAUCAUGGGCGUCUGCCUCACCGUCCCUGGCAUGGCCACCAUCUUCAUGCACCGCUUGUGCAACGGCGGCAAGGAGAAGAGGAUCGCCCGCUAUCCCUACGAAUGGACCCUGAUGGAAAGGGAUCGGCGGCUGUCCGGUGUCAACAAGCACUAUGUGUCCAAGGGUCUGGAGAACAUAGACUAAGGUGUCAACACUUUGAAAAAAAUCACAUAUCUAUAGAAAAUGAUUUAACUCUUAAAUAAAGCUAUACGUGUGUUCA